CAAAGCUGAAACACUGUAAACCGUGAAAAUGAGUUCUAUAGGAACAGGGUAUGAUCUCAGUGCUUCACAAUUCUCUCCAGAUGGAAGAGUUUUCCAAGUAGAAUAUGCAUUGAAGGCGGUGGAAAACAGCGGAACCGCAGUGGGAGUAAGAGGAAGGGAUGGAGUUGUGUUUGGUGUUGAAAAACUUGUCACAUCCAAGCUGUAUGAAGCAGGGGCAAACAAAAGAAUUUUCAAUGUAGAUCAACACAUAGGAAUGGCUGUAGCUGGAUUGCUAGCAGAUGCAAGGCAGGUUGUAGAGACCGCCCGAGAGGAAUGUUCUAACUACAGAUAUAACUAUGGCUGUCCUAUUCCACUUAAACACAUGACAGAUAGAGUAUCAUUGUUCGUACAUGCACAUACACUGUACAGUAGUGUACGGCCGUUUGGAGUCAGUGCUAUUGUGGGUUCAUAUGGAAAAGAUGGACCACAGAUGUACAUGAUUGAUCCAUCAGGAGUGUCUUGGGGAUACCAUGGUUGUGCCACAGGCAAAGCAAAGCAAGCAGCAAAGACAGAAAUUGAAAAAUUAAAGAUGAGAGAUAUGCCAAUCAGAGAUCUGGUCAAAGAAGUGGCUAAAAUUAUUUACAUCGUCCAUGAUGAAGUGAAGGACAAGAACUUCGAAUUGGAACUGAGUUGGGUCGGUGAAGUAACUGGUGGCAAACAUGAAAGAGUACCAGAGAACAUUUACGUAGAAGCAGAAAAAUAUGCAAAGGAGGCACUAGAGGAGUCAGAUGAAUCCGAUGAGGACCUUUGAUGAAUAGUAUAUUCUGCAGGGAUCAUUUGACAUUUAAGUAAACACAAAUCAGAUAAAGAUGUUUGAUAUGUGUUCAUAAGAGAUUCAAACAAGAUCUUAGCUGCUUUUAAACAGCUAAAAGUGGUUUUCAACUAGGAGACUGAAUAUGAAAUCAGUUGUGACACUAUUUCAUUGAGAAAUUCACCAUAAGGGAGAAAAACAUCAGAAUUGCCCGGAGACAAUGUUGAAAGUGGGACUUGUUGAUACUGAAGUGCUCAUUGUCAUAAAAAUAUCUUGUAAAAGAAUUAGUCUCGUUCUCACAAAUCUUUGUCAUCGAGUUAAGUCUUCAUUAAUUAAACAUUUUUCACAAAUC